GGAGCAACAAGAUAACGUGGCGUUAAUUAUUGUAAAGUAGGUUAUAGGAGAGGGUUUUGGCGGCCGGAGCUAUUAAGACCCGCAGUCCGGUGCUUUGUGUAUUUUCUUUCCGGCUUUGGGGAAACAGGGGCCAAACAAAGGGCGGAGAGGAAGGGAAGGAGAGAGUGAGAGGAUGAGCGCGGACGGAGCCGGGGGCAAGGGGAACGGGACGGCGGCGGCUCCGAUCCAGUUGGGGUCAAGGAAGCUGGUGCAAAGUCUGAAGGAGAUCGUGGACUGCCCCGAGGCCGAGAUCUACGCCAUGCUGCGUGAGUGCAAUAUGGACCCCAACGAAGCCGUCCACCGACUCCUCUCCCAAGAUACUUUUCAUGAGGUCAAGAGCAAGCGUGACAAGAAAAAGGAGAUCAGAGAGCCUCCAGAAUCCAGGUCCCGAUCUGUGAACAUCAAUUUAGGUCGUGAAUCUAGGGGUGGUAGUGACCGUGGAGGUCGUAGUUCUUAUUCCCAGUCCACUUUAACAGAUUAUGGUGCUGGUAAAGAUAAACCCAUCAACAAGAAAGAAAAUGGUAGUAGUAUUGCUCCUGUUUUGUCAGUUGUGGAAUUUGCAACAGUACCAAACAACCCUACAAAGAGGCCAACAAUUCAAAGCACUUCUGCUUCCAUGGGAAUCCCACUGCAUGCAACCAACUUUGCUGAUGUAAUUUCAACAUCCGUUCAAUCUUCAACUGGCCUCCAAAACAAUUGGUUGGGGAAGCCGGCACAUGUUUCCAUGGCUGAUAUUGUCAAGAUGGGCAGACCUCAAGGGAAACAUCCAAGCAUGCCUGCUAUUGCAAGUGGAAAACCUUACAUAUCUGAAAAUGUAGCAACAUCAAAUGGACCACAUCACAAUUCAAAACAAAUCCCAGCUUCAAUUUUGCCAUCUGAAGCCAAGGAGAAAUUAGACUCUUUUCAGGAAUCUACUUAUAUUUCUGAUAUUAAUCAUGACCUUGGAACUGCUGAAAAUCAGCAUAUUUCUACUGAUGGAUGGUACAUAUGUGAUGAGCAACCCACAGAAAGUGUUCCAAAUUUUACAGAUAUAUCUGGUGCCUCAGCAGUUUAUGCUAACCCAUCAGCCUUAGCAGCACCUAGUAUGGUAAUUGCUGGUUCUGACUUGCAUAUAGAUCCUUGUUCGGAAGAUUUCCAAGACCUGGAUGAAAGACCUAACGAUAAACCUCAGCCAGUCGAAUAUAUUCCUGUACCAGAGAGGAAGAUAGAUGUAGACACUUCAAUAGAUGGUUCACAUUCAAAGAGUAUAGAUGCUUACCAAUCUGAAGAUGUUGAAUUUGAUCAUCAUGAAGCUGAGAAUGGUGUGGGAAUUUCUUCAACUGCUACAACCUUGAUGCAAUUAAGCAUACAUGAGGAGACCAGCACAAAAGCUACUGAGCUUGGCCCUGCAGUAAUUAUCCCUGACCAUCUGAGGGUUACUAAUGCAGAUUGUGCCCAUCUGAGCUUUGGUAGUUUUGGUUCUGGUGCAUUUUCUGGAUCUUUUCCAUCGAAGUUACUAGCAAGAAACUUGGAAGCUGCCCCAGCUUUAGAUGAUGUUUCUAUAAUCAAUGAGUCAGAUACAAGAAAUCACGAGUACUUUAACAAUGAACCACAUAAGUCUUCUCUCACUGAGAAUGUGGCUUCUAUAUCUGGCACUGCUUCAGAGAAUCUUGAUGUAACUUCAAUUUCAGAAUCUGAAGUAGUGAGGAAUCAUCCGCUGGAUGCUAUAGGACCUCAGAGUGAAUUUCCAUCUGUUUCCAGUUAUGGGUUGCCAACCUCUUCACAGCCAAAUGUUACAACUUACACCUAUCAACAAGAAAAUUCUCACAUGCAAAAUAUUUUACCUUUGUCAAGUUUAAUGCAAUCAAAUAUUCUACAAAACAAUAUAUUAGCAGCAGCAAGUAAUCCACAUCUUCGGGAUUUUGAUCUUCCCUUGUCUCCCUUACGUAUUAAUCAGUCAAUGCCUACAAGAUAUGGUACCAUGGGGUUGUCUAUUGGUGGACCAACCACUUCCAUGCCUGAGGCACCGAAACCUGGGAUGUUUCCUGACCCUCAAUCAGCUCCACCAUCCUUGCCUACCGCCACCACGCUAACAAAUUCUGCACUUCCUCAAGCUCUUCCUGUUCACCAUUACUCUCAACCACCUCUUCCACUAGGUCACUUUGCGAAUAUGAUAAGCUAUCCCAUUCUACCUCAGAGCUAUGCGUUCUUGCCUCCUCUGCAACAAACACUCUCUCCAAACAGCCUUUUCAAUCAGUCUGCUGCUGUACCCAGUGUUGGCAUGAAGUACUCUCGACCACAAUACAAAGGCAGCUUAUCUGUGACCAGCUUACCUCAGGCUUCUGCCUCACCCACUGCUUAUGGGGGAUUUGGAAGCUCCUCCAGCAUUCCCGGAGGCUUCAACCUCAACCAUACGACCAUGUCUUCUAGUACGACAAUCAGAUUGGAUGAACCUCUUAACCAGCAAUACAAAGAAGCAAGUCACUACCUGGCGCUUCAGCAGAAUGAGAACCCUACCAUGUGGAUUCACGGUGCUGGUUCAAGAACAAUGUCACCUCUUCCAUCAAGCAUCUUCUACAAUUAUCCAGGUCAGGAUCAGCACGGUGGUGGCUUCCGUCAGGCUCAGCAACCUUCACACCUUGGCAACUUGGGGUAUUCAAACAUGUACCUUUCCCAAGGAGGCGCAUCAAGAGAACAUCAGCAAAAUUCUGGCGAAGUUAACUUGAAUGGUUCCCAGGCUAUGCCGGCUAGCCAAAUCUGGCAACAUGGCUACUAAGCUGCUUAAGUGGCCCAAGUUUUUUUUGGGUCUAAUAGGUCGCUAUAAGUUGAUCACAUGCCCACGCUAGUCAAAGCACUCAACUACUACUUGGGAUGCUAAUAUUAUUGAGCGAGUUUAGGCCCGUGUAUUUUAGAAUCCGAGUGUGUUCUUAACGUGCAAUGAUAUGGACAAUUUAAAGUCAUCGUUCUUUCAGAUAAAAGCAUUUGCUGUGGAGAUUUGUGUAA